AGAAAUCAAAACAGAAACGUAGUAGAGUUUUGGCAAAUGUAAUUUAAACAACAAAAAAUAUGGAGUCCUCUAAUCUAGAAUCGCCCCCUUUGUUUGAAACUGUAGAAAUUAAUAAUGGAAGUGAAAGUAAACUCGAAGAUGAACUCUUCAUUUCAGCCCAACAGAAUAUCUCCACCCAUUAUGGACAAUCAUCAGUUACUAAUAAUAUUUCUGAGGAUAUCUCUAAAUUAAAUUUGGAUGAUGAUAAAACUUUGGAAACCAUUCCUAUAAACUCUGAUGCAGCAGGAGUGGAUUCGUUAGAAAGGGCAGAAGCAGAAAGUGGAAAUCAGUUCAUUGAAAUUACAAUAACGGAGCCUCAAAAAAUCGGGGAUGGAAUGAGUGCCUACAUGGCAUACAGAGUUACAACUAAGACCAAUAUGCAAAUAUUCAAAGCCAAAGAACUCUCUGUACUACGUAGAUUCAGUGAUUUCCUAGGACUUCAUGAUAAAUUAACCGAAAAGUAUUUGAAAAUUGGUAGGAUAAUCCCACCAGCACCAGAGAAAAAUGUAUUAGGUAUGACAAAAAUUAAAAUGUCCAAUCAAGUGGAAAACGGAACUGGGAAUGGAAAUGAUUUUGUAGAGAGAAGGAGAGCUGCUCUUGAGAGAUAUUUGAACAGGACAGCUCAACACCCAGUAUUAGUUGUAGAUCCAGACUUCAGAGAAUUUCUGGAAUGUGAUGUAGAAUUACCAAAGGCGACCAACACAUCUGCACUAAGUGGUGCUGGUGUAAUGAGGUUAUUUAAUAAAGUUGGGGAAACUAUGAACAAGAUCACUUAUAAGAUGGAUGAAACAGACCCAUGGUUUGAAGAUAAACUGAUACAUAUAGAAACUUUAGAAACUCAGUUGCGGAAACUCCAUACAAAUGUUGAAAAUAUGGUUAUAUAUAGACGUGAGCUUGCAAACUUAACCAAUGGUGUUUCACGAUCUGCUGCAAUGCUGAGUGCUUGUGAAGACCAUAAUUCUUUAUCUAAGGCUCUAUCCCAUCUAGCUGAUACUGAAGAAAAGGUAGAAGCUCUGCAUUUAGAACAAGCAAAUACAGAUUUUUUCAUCCUCUGCGAACUGCUAAAGGAUUAUUUGGGAUUAUUAUCUGCUGUAAGAGAUGCUUUCCAUGAAAGGACCAAAUUAUUUCAACAUUGGCAUCAUGCACAGCAGAUGCUGGCCAAAAAACGUGAAGCAAAGACUAAAUUCGAACUUGCCUGUAGAUCAGACAAAUACGAACUAGCAUCCAAUGAAGUAUUGGAGUGGGAAGCAAAAGUUGAAAGAGGUCAAGAGAAUUUCGAUAAAAUUUCCAAGAUGAUAAAAAUGGAAAUGGAAAGGUUUGAGAAAAGUCGUAUCAGAGAUUUUAAGGCCAUGUUUAUAAAAUAUUUGGAAAAUCAUAUAGAACAUCAGGCACAGUUGGUAAAAUAUUGGGAGAACUUCCUUCCUGCUGCAGAAUCUAUAGCCUGACCAGAUGACAUUUCUGAGGAAUAAUAAUUAUAAAAACAUUCCUUGGAAGGACAGAGCAUUAUGUUUACAAUUUUGUUCUUGAAAUACCUUAUAAUUAUUUUCGAGUGAUUUCGUAAUUAGCUUUUUUUUGUCCAGGAUUGUACAUUGCAUUAUAUGUAACAUAAAAUAUCUAUGUAAUUUCUUAUUAUAGGUAAUUAUUGCAGAUAACUUGUGAAAUCUCGAAUUUUUGCAAAAUGUAUACAGUAUAAAUCAUAUAUCAUAUCGUAUAAAUAUAUAUAUAUAAUUGUAAUUUUAUUGGAA